AUGUCAGAAGAACAAAUUGACCUACUGCUCUCAAAAAAGCCAAAUGAAGAAGUUUCCAAUGGUGAAAUAAAGCACAUUAAUCAAGACACAGCCAAACCCCUUAGAAAAAAAUCAGGACUUAUGAAGGUAUCAAGUUAUGUAUUAGCUUUAAGACCUUGGUCUUUAAGUGCCAGUCUUAUGCCCACCUUACUAGGCUCUACCAUUGCCUAUAAAUAUCCUGGAGCUACAGAUUUCAACUAUAUUACAUUACUCGUGACAAUAUUUACCAUAGUAUCUGUGCACGGUGCUGGAAAUGUUGUAAAUACAUACUACGACUAUGUAAAAGGCAUUGACAAUAGAAAAUCAGAUGAUCGUAUCUUAGUGGAUCAUAUUUUAACUCAAGAAGAAGUGGUUACAUUAGGAGCGCUACUUUAUUUCUUUGGUUGUACAGGAUUUAUUUUAUUAGCAGCAUUAUCGCCAGCAAAAUUUGAACAUUUAGCUUUAGUUUACUUUGGUGGACUUUCUUCAAGCUUCCUGUAUACUGGAGGCAUAGGUUUCAAGUACAUAGCCCUAGGAGAUUUGCUCAUUUUAAUUAUCUUUGGACCAAUCUCGGUGCUAUUUGCCUUUCUCUUGCAAACUGGACGAGUGGAAUGGGCCACAAUUUAUUAUGCUAUACCUCUAGCAUUAAAUACUGAAGCUAUAUUGCAUAGUAACAAUACAAGAGAUUCAGAAGCGGACAAAAAGGUUGGAAUAGUUACUUUAGCUAUUAUAAUAGGUCACACUGCUUCUCACGUUUUGUAUGCAUUUUUAUUGUUCACCCCCUACAUUAUGUUUAUGGUAGCUACCUUAAAAUACUCAAAGUGGUUUAUGUUGCCUCUAGUCACCCUGCCAAAAGCUUUCAAAAUCGAAAAAGAAUUCAGAUCUAGCGAUAUACAAGGAGUCCCAAAGAAAACUGCAAGAUUAAAUUUGUAUUUUGGGAUUUUAUAUGUUUUGGCUUGCAGCAUGGUACCCAAUUUACCAUUUAUAACGCAAAGGUAG